AUGGAGAAGAUUAAAUCUCAUCUUCAGAUUUAUCUUUAUGAUGUUAUUCAAUGUUAUGGUAUAACUCAAGAUCCAAAUACCAAAGAUUAUAUGAUGGUUUUAGAAUAUUGUGAAAAUGGAAAUUUGAGAAAUUAUUAUAUGAAUAAUGAAUUAAAUUAUGGUUUAAAAAUUAGUAAAUUAGAGCGAAUUGCAAGUGGACUUUUAGAUAUUCAUAAUGCUGGAAAAAUUCAUAAAGAUUUUCAUUCAGGCAAUAUAUUGUAUGAUGGUUCUUGGCCAUAUAUAAGUGAUUUAGGAAUGUGUCAACCAGCUAAUAAUGAAAAGCAAUCAAUUAAACAACAAGGAAUUUAUGGAGUAUUACCUUAUAUGGCACCAGAAGUUUUACGUGGACAUCAAUAUACAAAAGCAUCUGAUAUUUAUUCAUUUGGAAUAAUGAUGAAUGAAUAUAUAUCUGAAGAAACUCCUUAUAAUAAUAUUCCUCAUAAUUUGAUUACUAAAUGUUGGGAUGCUAAAGCAGAAAAUAGACCAACUGCCAAAGAAUUGUAUCAAGAACUUAAGGAAGUGCAACUUGCUGAUGCUGAUGAAUAUGAUGAUAAGAUCAAAUUAAACAGAACAAGUGAAAAAAGAUCUAAUAACAUUCAAACACAUCCACAAGCAAUAUAUACUAGUAGACUUUUAAAUUUUAAAAAUCUUCCAGAACCAGUAAAUUCAGGUGCAAUUCAAUCAACAUUAUUUUCAGAAGGUUUUGAUUGCCAAUUAGACGAAUCAGAUCUUAAUGAAAUGAAUCAAGAUGAUGAAAAUAAUAUUGAAUGA